GGGUCCGACCGCUCGGCCGACGGGCGGACGGACGGACGGACGGAGGGUCCAGCGCACACCGAAACCCCGAUCCGGAGAUCUCGACCCGUCGCGGUGCUCCCGGAGAGCCUGACCGGACCCACCCCGGAGAUCCCGAACCGACCGAUGCCGGUGUUCCCGGCCGGAUCCCCCCCGUGCUCCUGGAGACCCUGAGCCGACCCUUCCCGGAGACCCCCAUUGGAUUCAUCCCGCUGCUCCUGGGGAGCCUGAACCCACCGAUCCCGGAAAGCCCAACUGGACCCACCCCAGGGAGCUUGAACCGACCUUUCCCAGUGCUCCCAGAGAGCCUGAACGGAUCCAUCCCAGAGAUCCCGAACUGACUGGUCCCACAGAGCCUGGCGGGAUCCAUCCCAGAGAUCUGGAACUGACUGGUCCCGGAGACCCCACUUGGAUCCAUCCCGGAGAUCCUGAAACAUCUGGUCCCAGAGAGCCCGACUGGACCCAUCCCAGUAUUCCCAACCCCUCUCGGUGUUCCUGGGAAGCCCAACCGGAUCGACCCCAGUGACCCAACCCAUUCUGGUAUUCCUGAAGACCCCAACCCAUCCCAGUGCUUCCAGAGGACUGAGCCCAUCUGGUGCCGGUACCGGUGCCCACCCCAGCACCCUGCUGCACCAUGCACCCCACGGUGCUGCCGCUGGCCCUCUGCGCCCUGGGUGUCAUCACAGCAGCACAGUUGGGAGCCUCCUUUGAGCUGUUGGUCGAGCCGGCGCUGCUGGUGGUGGAACACGGCGGAUCGGUCCAGUUGAAGUUGAAGACGGACUGUCAGGAUCCCGUCGCAUCCGGCAACGUGGAGACAUCGAUUCGGAAGCAUUUGGUGAUGACGGGGCCGGCGGAGACGGUGGUGGAGCUGCAAAACGUCACCGUUUGGAACUCCAGCAUCCUCUGCUACUACAGCUGCAGAGGGGAGAGGAAGGUGGUGACGACCGAACUCAUCGUCUACCGUGCGCCGGAGCGGGUGGAGCUGCAGCCUGUACCGCAGCUGGCCGUGGGUGAGAGCCACAAGCUGGUGUGCAACGUAUCCAAGGUUGCACCGAUCCGGAACCUGACGGUGACCAUGUGGCGGGGCAGCGAGAAGCUGCACACCGAAACCUUCAAGCGGCUGAGCCAGGACGAGCCGGUGUCGGUGCAGGUGACCUACGAGCUGACGGCAGAGCAGCGGGACGAUGGCCAGAACAUCACCUGCCAGGCGCUGCUCGACCUGGAGCCCUACGGCCCACAGUUCAACAUCACCUCUGACCCACAGGUGGUGACCGUCUACGAAUUCCCGGAGGAUCCCAAGCUGGAGCCUGACAUCUACCUGGAGGUCAACGAGACGGUGAAUGCCAGCUGCACCGUCGGUCACGUCUUCCCGGUGCCGCGGUUCGAGCUGGCACUCUCCAACCAGACCCUGCCGCUCUUCAUCAGCCAGGACGGGCACCGGGCCACUGCCGCGGUGUCCCAAAGCCAGCCGGGGGACUUCAGGCUGGUUUGCACCGUAAACGUGGGACCCAUGGAGCGGUGGAAAGAGGCGACCGUCCACGUCUACCAUUUCCCCUUACCGGAGCUAAACAUCAACACCACCAGCCCGGCAGCCGGCACGGUGGUGACGGUGCUGUGUGUUUUGCCACCCGGCCACUCCACCGAGCUCCAGCUGCAGAUGCGCACCGGCGACCGCGUGCUGACGCAGUGGGGAAAGUCUCCGCAGCACUAUAACCUGAAGGUGCCCGAGGAACACAACGAGGUGGAGCUGAGUUGUGAUGCCAAGCUCCUUGUCAGCGGCAAAACCCUGAAGAAGAGCACGCCCGUCCGGCUCACCGUCACCGCCGCACCCCGCAUGGACGAUGGGAGCUGCCCCCCGAGCCAGAACUGGACGGAGGGGCAGGAUGAGACCCUGCGCUGCUCGGCACGGGGCAACCCUCCGCCCCACCUGGCGUGCACCAAGGGCGAUGAGCCCUUCCCCGUCGGCGUGCCGCACCGCGUCACCCGCGCCCAUGCCGGCACCUACCUCUGCCAGGCCACCAACCCGCUGGGAACAGCUGUCCAGCACGUCACCGUGAGCGUGAGCUAUCAUGACCUUGACAUGGUGCUCCUGGUGGUGGUGCUGCUGGUGGUGGUGGCCGUGCUGCUCGCCGGCACGGUGGGCUACCGCAUUUACUACCGCAAGAAGAAAAUCCGUCAGUACCGGCUGCAGGAGCGGCAGAGGCGGCUGGAGAUGGAGGCACGGCGGCCGCAGGGACACUCGGAGGAGACGACCGCUCUCAACGGUUCAGCAAGGGAGAAGGAGCCAGGGCGCUGCCACGGGGGAGAGGAAGGAUGGAGAGCAGCCGUCGCGGCACGGGAUGGGGGACGAUGUGCCUCUGAGCUGGGCCCCCCGCUCCCAGCACCCUGUGCCGGGGUGAUGGGCUCCGGCUACCGCUCCCAUAACCGCGGCUCCCGGCUCCCUGGCACGGCGAUGCGCCGGUGCAGCCUCCCUGCCUGGUCCCUUGCGGGGCUGCUGCUGGCUCUGUGCGGACCAUCCACCAACGCCUUCAAUGUGACCCUGGAAGGGUCCUCCUCAGAGGUGGGCUACGGUGGGACGGUGCUGCUGAACUGCUCCACGAGCUGCCCCGAUGCCGAGGCGUCCGGGGGCCUUGAGACCUCCCUCAGCAAGGAGUGGGUGGGCCGGGGGCCGGGCUGGCUCAGCGUCCGGCUGCGCAACAUCACCGAGCCCCUCUCUGACAUCAUCUGCUACUUCUCCUGCUUCGGGGAGAGGAAGACAGAGACUUUUACGGUGCUGGCUUACGACCUCCCCCAGCCGCACCUGGCCAUCACCAACCCCAACGCCUCCUGCAACGAGUCGGUGGUCAUUGAGUGCUCCUCGGCGCCCAGCCGGCCGCCGGGGCUGAAGAUGCGGCCCCUCUGGAACCGCCAGCCCCUGCUGCCCUGGACAGAGGGUUCUGUGAGGAAGGCGCUACUGGUCGGGGAGGAAGAUGAUGGGCAUCAGAUCACCUGUGAAUCGCAGCUCAGAGUGGGCAACCAGACGCUGAGGAAGAGCUCAGCAAAUGCUACGUUGCAUGUGAUGUGCCAGCCCCGCAUGGACGAUGGGAGCUGCCCCCCGAGCCAGAACUGGACGGAGGGGCAGGAUGAGACCCUGCGCUGCUCGGCACGGGGCAACCCUCCGCCCCACCUGGCGUGCACCAAGGGCGAUGAGCCCUUCCCCGUCGGCGUGCCGCACCGCGUCACCCGCGCCCAUGCCGGCACCUACCUCUGCCAGGCCACCAACCCGCUGGGAACAGCUGUCCAGCACGUCACCGUGAGCGUGAGCUAUCAUGACCUUGACAUGGUGCUCCUGGUGGUGGUGCUGCUGGUGGUGGUGGCCGUGCUGCUCGCCGGCGCGGUGGGCUACCGCAUUUACUACCGCAAGAGGAAAAUCCGUCAGUACCGGCUGCAGGAGCGGCAGAGGCGGCUGGAGAUGGAGGCACGGCGGCCGCAGGGACACUCGGAGGAGACGACCGCUCUCAACGGUUCGGUGCUGGAGACUCAGCCGUAGCCCCCCCAGGGAGCC